UGUACAGAAGUCGAAAACGUGUCGGUUAAACGUGUGAUUAAAAUUUUAACUUACUAAAACUCAGUGAAGUUACUCGAUCUUCUAGGGAAUUUCCAUAUUAAAAUGUUACACCGUUAAAUAAUAGUGGUCAUGUUCAUAAAUUCGUAUAACUAAAAGAUGUUAAUAAUAUAAUGAAGUGAAAAUAAAAUGCCAAAUUAGUGUAACAAGCAUGGGUUGCCAGUUGGGAAAGCUGGCGGCGUCGGAGAGACGAGGAGCCAACAAUGCAGGUCCAGAUUUAGGAGGAGGGCCCCCACCGGCCACGGACCCUCGCCUACCGCUCACCGCGAAGCAGAAGUAUUCAAUGCUUGCUUCCUGGAAAGGCAUUUCGAGAGCAAUGGAGAAGACUGGCAUUUGCAUGUUUGUAAAAUUGUUCGAAGAAAACCAAGACCUCCUGAAUUUGUUUGAAAAGUUCCGUCAGUGUAGAACUAAAGAAGAACAAAUCAACUCAAUGGAACUCGCAGAGCAUGCAAACAAUGUUAUGAACACAUUGGAUGAAGGCAUCAAAGGGCUGGAUGAUCUGGACAACUUUUUCCAAUACAUCCAUCAGGUCGGCGCCAGUCAUAGGAGAAUACCUGGUUUUAAAGUCGAAUACUUUUGGAAAAUCGAAGCGCCGUUCCUAGCAGCCGUAGAGUCGACGCUAGGCGAUCGCUACACUCCAAAUGUAGAGAAUAUCUAUAAAAUAACCAUCAAAUUCAUACUAGGGACACUCGUUGACGGCUAUGAGAAAGCUUCCAACAUUCCUAACUCUACGUGAACUGUAAAAAAUAAAAUUUCAAAAAUGUUGAAAUAUAAAAAAAACGGCCAAGUCGAAAUCGACGCUCAGCGAUGAUUUCCGAAAAUUAACGAAUGCAAGGCAAGUGAUUUUUGAAUACGGAAUUGUAUCGGCCUUUUUUAAAACUGAAAGGUGUAAAAAUUGAUGAGUGAAUUUAAAAUGUGUCAAUUUGUCAAGAUCAGUGAACAUCAGCAUAAUUUAUAUAAUGGUAUAAUGUUAUUUAAUUGUUAUAUUGUUAUACAGUUGUACUGAUUUUUCAUGCAUUAUGUGAGCCAAAGUUUAAUAACACAAAAUGAACUUUGUUUGUCUUUAGAAAACAAAUUUUUGUUUCUAGUCAAUAGAGAUGAGAAACAUAUAUAAAUGAUAAAAUAUCAAACCCGAGUGUUAAAGUAACUUGCAUAAUAAGACCAAAAACAAAUAAAAAUUAUAUUGCCAGAAUUUUAACUUCAGAGUUUCGAGAACACAUACAUAUUAUUAAUAAAAAUCUUUUGUAUGCGACGAUAUUUUUUUCGACGUUACAAAAAAUUAUAUACUAAAUUCAUUCUGGGAAUAGCUUGUAGAUCGGAUAAAAUGUUCACAAUGCAGGGAACACUUUAAUUCUUCAUGUUCAGUACGCUUUUUAAUAGUAUGACUAUUAUUUAUAAGAAAUAUACCUAGCGAAAUGUAGAUAUAGUGCCCAAGGUGAUGUGAGUGUGUGUAUAACCUUUAAUAUAAGUGCAUGGUAGUGUGCGAGCCAAGUUCUUUUUAGAAUAUGAGUCUAAUUGUGUAAUUUAAUCAGUGUAAUGUAUAAAAUUUAUGAUAAAUUGUCCUAAUGGAUUCUAGCUUCUUUCUAUUUAAUGUUUUUUUUUAUUCAAUAAAUUUAUGA